AUGAAGUUCUUGUGUAUACUGUUGAUUUUGGGGUCGAUGGAAAGUGGACGAAGCGCCCCUUUUGACAUUUCCGAUACCAAGUGAGUACUGAAUGAUCUUUUUCAGUAACAAAUAUUAUGAAUUCCAGUACAGAAACGAAAACGGUAAGAAUUAUUUAAGCUUUAAAUCAAAUAGAAUCACUUAAACUAUUACUUGAUCACGACGAAAACUGCGUCACUAUGUAAUUUAAUUCGAAAGUUUUCACUGGCUCAGACAUCAGACACCAUGGUUUACGAAGCAUUACACCAAGUAAGGGGUGUCAGCUAAAACUCUGUCUUUUGUUUUGUUUCUAUGUAAUGAAAUAAUAAUGCAUUGAAAAGAUUACAGUUUGAGCUUAAAAUAACAAAAUCAUCUUUUCCACAGAGUUUUCUCCUCUCAUCUCGACUGUGCGUCAAACUAUGAAGCAGGAAACAAGAUUGAAUGCAAAUUCCAUUUGAAAAACAACGAUCAAGGAGACUAUUCAGUGCUAAAAUGGCGUACACUGCUGGAUGGACUGAGAUCAAAUUGCCUGACAGUCAUUACCAAUGGGGAGAAGCUAAAAUACGAUAGUAUUUACCUGAAGCGCUCCGCUCCAGGCCCUGAUCAAUACUUGCACGUCAAACCCGGACAAACAGUGUCAUCCAUCUUUGACGUUUCAGAUGCGUAUGACAUGACCAAAGCUGGCCUGUACUCUAUAGCGGUGGACACUAAUUUAGAGUAUGUAGCAGGAAGCUAGAACAUGUAUCUUCCCCUGCCGUAAGUUUCGAAGUUGUAAAAGAAAGUUUCAUUAAGGAAGCCUCGGACCAAAAAGCGCGCUUUCUUGAAAGAAAAUACCGGGAUUCAAAGGAAAGUUUGACAAGGGCGCGCGCGGCCUCGGGAGAUGAGUAUUUAAGAAAAGCAAAUUAUACCGCGGAAAUAUAUAAAAAUCCGCCUGCACUGGCGAUUGAUGGUGAUCGAAGGGAUGCAAUACUGGUAAAUAAAACAACAAUAAUCUUUUAUGCUGCCAUCUUCAACACGAUAUUUGCCUUUGAGGUCUCAAAAAAACUGGUUACGAAAGUGCUAAAAUUUGGCUUGGAACUGCUCCUAUUAGUAAACUCAGAGAGGUUUUUUAGACAAAAUGCUUGCUAAUAUGCAAGGGAAAUUUUUUGUUUAAGCUUUGGCGGGGCAUUCUGCAAAAGCGGCAUGUCUGCGCACGCCUUUCACGGAUCAUGCGUAGUAUUUUUGUACGACAUGUACAACAGUUUAUAUAGCAAAGUGGGGGUGAUAGUUCAUGAGCUAAGUCACGCAUUGGCUGGCACAGUUGAUAUACAGCUUGGUGAAGGUGUCUCAGCAUAUGGAGUGGAAAACUGUAAAAAGCUCGCCAAAGAAAAUCCUCAACUUGCAGUCCAGAACGCUGAUAAACCUGAAUAUUUUGUGGAAAGCUGUGGUAUUACACUGUCUUGAGGUUCCCGUUGUCUAGCUCUCAGGGGCGUGGGAACCACUUUUUAAUGGGUUAUACAGGGAUAUUUCGGCUGCAAGAGGUUCCGUAUUCAAUAACUUAAAUUGUAUGUAUGCAGAGGAGUUUUAAAUCAGUGUUAAAGAAGUUUAAGGUUACUCAAGAAAAUAGCGGAUAAAACUUGCUAGGGCUUUAAAGAAAACGCUUCUCGUGUUAUACUUUUAAUGACCAGAGAUUUCAAGAACGGCGAAAGCUAAGCCUUGUCUGCACAAAAAGGCUAUUUUCUUAGUGAUUGGCUACAUCCAAGAGGCAAAUAAUUCAGUUAGUGUAAUAUUUUACCAAAAAUUAAAAUAAACUUAUCUGGCCAAGAAUAAGAAACUUUUCUAUUUUUUGCACCUCCGCCCUCCUUGAAUAAGCUCAUGGAAAGGAAAAAUAAGGAAAAUGUAAUAUUUCAUGACACUGGAAGACAAAGACAUGCCAAAAUGGAAAUUAAACAGGUUUUCUUUUGUCGGAUCGGAUUGGAGGAUUUUGGUUGUGUCGCGUUCAAAUUUUCCAAUCCCUCCAUAAUAUGUAACAUUCUUAUGAUCCCCUACACAUUGACAGUAAAUUGGCGGUCAACUAUAUAUUCCCUUCCUUUAUACUCUGUUGGCCACGACUGAUCCCCUGUGCCCCCCUGAAAACCAUGAUAUGAUCCCAUUUCACUCCCAUAAGUGAUCGAGACAGAAUUUCUCCUUAUAAUACCAAUACAAUAUCAUGCAGACACGUGAUGAGAAUUAAAUAAAUAUUAAAUAGGUGAUUAUUAGUUGAUCCAAUACCAAAUUCUCCAAACUAGCAUCACAAGAACUUUAUGUUUGACAGUAAGGAGAAUUACUAACGAGAUCUUGAGAGUUUAAGGGUUAAGGUAUUCGUCAUUAUUAUCACUAUUAUUAAUAGGUGGAUGAUUGGAUAGGGAAAUAGAAUGGCUUUUAGGGGGUAUGGAGGGUGGGGAAUCAGUCGUCAGAACAUUAGAACAUUACAAAAUCCGCCGAACCCCUCCUCCCUCGUGAUAAAUAAUGCUGGUCUGUAAACUUGGAGAAACUACGUUUUAUUUUAACACAAAGUUGUGUCAAAGUUGCCAGCAUGGAGACUGAAAACAAUGCAUUCUAAUCCUAGUUGUAUACACGAAGUUUGUCAUCAUAGACCUAGUUAAACGGUGUAGCCUGGCACGAGAAUCCUCUAGUUCAGUGGUAGAGUUUCCGAAGUACUAAUCGUUGGUUUGACACCUAUUGGGGGCACUCUAAUUUCUUUUUCUUUGAGUACAACUUCGUCACUCACAUAAUAACACUUUCCACCUUCUUCAUUGCUUCAGUGUAUCAUGGUUACCACUUUCAUUUAAACCAAUGCUUCCCACGAGGAUAGCUAGAGGAAAAAACUAGAGGUCCUUGUACAAAUACCCAUAACUAAAUCUCUUGAAUUGUGUUUCGUUAGUCCCCUCGCUUACGUCAAGUCAAUCUCUAGCGGGUGAACAGGAUCCUCUUAACAUGGUUUUGUCUUGUAUCAGAAAAUGACCAUAAAUUUUAGUUUCAAGUGAACUAAAUUUCUGUACCCCUAACUAAUUUUCCGGCUCACUGCCUCAGUUUUUCUCACUAUAAACCCAGACCCUCUUCAACUCUCAAAAACUGAAAGGCAAUUCGUGGCAAUACUGACCCAUCUGUCGUGGCUCCUGGUCGAUAGGUUUGUUGGUUACUAGCGAAGGGGCAAAAAAAAACAACCAAACAACAACAAAAAAAAAACUCAAGGAAAAGUGUAAGUUUCGAUGUUUUCUGGGGCGACAAUUACCUCUAAGAAGGCGAGCGGUUAUCUGAUGGCGUGUGGUGUUCAGGGUAGCUUUUCAUUGCCAAAAUCUAGCUCGCCAGGCCUCCAUAAUCCCAUACUGUCAUUGAGAAAGUGAUUUUGGGAUUGUGGUAAAGUGAAAAAGGUCAGCAAUUUACUGUCAAAGCAGAAAAUGAACAGACACAUUUAUUUGUCCCUUGAUUAACACAUACCAUUUUCAUGUAAAUUAUAUACUGUUUGCUGCUUUUGACCUAAGAAGGCGCAUAAUAUACUCAUUUUCUCUUACAUUGCUUCAAAUUACUUGGAAACUAACAGCUGGAGAAGAAAGAUAAAAUAGCUUAGUUUCUUGCAGACUUCCAGCACUUCCCUCGACAUAUUCCAGGUACAGGUCUAUUGCCACAGUGUAUGUUCCAGCUUUAGUAGUGUCGUAUUCAGAAGAAAGAUCGAACUUUGACGAGACGGUUUCUCCAGCGGCAAUGGUCAAGAAAGCGCCUGCACCGGGAUCUUCUCUCUUCAUCAUUAUACCUUCUGGACUCAGCUCCUUUCCGUCUUGGCUGACAGUCAGACCGUUCACGGCUAGGUCGUUCAGCGGUGUGUUCCAUUUUAGAACCGAAUAUGUGCAGUCACCGUUGUUUGUCAGGCUGAAGUCGCAUACAACUGUGGCUGUUGUUUGAUAAGAAGUUGCACACUCGACUGAGGCAGAAAAAAGCCUGGUAGAGAAAUAAAUGAUAUUCUGUAAACUUCUGGGUUUAACCUUAUCCUCAAUUCUAUACGGAUCAAAACACUUUUUCUGUGGUGUUAGUAUACACAUUAAGGGCUUGAAAAGGAAAAAAACUAAAUCUGCCCGAAAAAAUGCGUUAACAUUAUUAAUGAUUACUGGAUGGCAAGAAUAGAAGUAAACUUCUAAACCUGUGCCUUGUUAUUAUCUUUUUUUAAUCAUAUAAUGGACAAACAAAUUUUUUUAAGAUAAUGAAAAUUGUUCAAACAAUAAUAUAUAAAAUCUGGCUAAACCAAAGCCUGCUUAGUCUGAUCAUCGUGCAUGACAAUUAACUGAACCGAAAAUUACCGUUUUAUUCUCUUUUUGCCGCUAAUUUUAUUUCUUUGUAUCACACUCACUCAGCUUCUCGUGGAUCCUCUGCCCACACAUGUGUUGUUAAUACAAUCAAAGUAGCUGACCAGCUGCAGAGUAAUAUCUUUGGUAGGAUCAAGACUUUCAUCUUAAGAAAAAAUACACAAGACCGUAAGCAUGUAGAAUUAAAAUAACUCAAUAAAUAGAUCUAUAAAUUAAAGAUGAUUAAGGAACAGAUUAGUAAAAGGCUCUUAAAUGAUUCAAGUUUGUUCGUAUUUGUUAAUUUUUCAGUCAUCUCUCUUUCUUUUCAUGUAUGUUAAAUCAAUAGAUAUAAAGUGGAACCAAAUUCAUUUCCAGUCGCUCUGAAGACACGUUGCACUGAAUACGUAGCAUCAUGAGAACGGCCAUUUUCUUCGUUCUUCUCAGCUUUUCCUAUUCUCGAUGAUCCUUAUUCACGACAAGUGAUAGACACCCGAAUGCCAGAGGCGUUCUCCGUAUGGCUUCAAUCUCGUCUUUUUUUUCUUGUUACUUAUUUUGAUGAAUGAGAAUACAGAUUAACCUUUUGAUUGUGGAAUGAACAGUUCCAUUUAGGCUUGUUGGAAAAAAGAUGAACAAUUUCUUUCCUGGAAAGUUUAUCUAUGCAGAUCGAGCUCUUUAUAGAAGAAAUACCUCUCAUCUGUAAGCUGUAGUAAUAAAUAGCUACAUUAUUUUCACAAGUAUCAAACAGGCAGCUAUUUUCAACUUACCAUUUCGUUCGUAGGAAGAAUUGAACAGUUCUGGCACAAUGAUUGUUCAAACGCUAAUGUUAAUAAUUCGAGCCAAAAUGCCACCUCACUAUAAAAAUAUUUAUUCAUGUAGUCCUGGCAGACAAAAAAAACAUUUUUCUUCACAUGGAAACAAUUCAGAAGCACUGUUGCUCGGAAAAUGUUUACUAACGCACUUGGAUGUCUUUGUAUAAUAUGCGGUACCUGUAAAUUAAUACUUAUCGGUAGUAAGCACCUUGAUAAUAGACACAAUUCAGAAGCACUGUUGCUCGGAAAAUGUUUGCUAACGCACUUGAAUGUCUUUGUAUAAUAUACAGAGCCUGUAAAUUAGUACUUAUCGGCAGUAAGCACCUUGAUAAUGCUUGUAAUAAAAAAAAAUUAUCGCUUAACCUGAUGCGAUAAGUUUGAGGUAAUAAUAUAAAAUUGGCGCUUACUUGAUUUGCUUGAAAAAAUGUGACUCGGGCGAGGAAUUACAGAGUUUUGUGUUUCAAUUUCUUUUACUACUAAUGGGAGUAACUAGCUUUAAAAUUAUGAGAAACAGUUGCAAAUAAACCAUUUGAAAACCAAACCGAACCAAAAGUCGGCAAAAUUGUAUUGUUAAUGUUUAGCUUCAGAAACUUCGUACACAUCCAUAAUCGGAUAUUGACUAACAUAAGUAUUGUGAGUUGCGGAGAGACCGUUGUUAUGCGGAAUGAAGAAUGCUCUUGUCACUGCCUUUGUUCAGUUUCCCCAAAUGACUUAAUAAACAUUAUUUAGAGUUACCAUUACAUUAGACAACGAGCGCGCUGCACAUAGACUGGUAAGUUACGUUAAAAUUUUUUUAUAUCCGGCUUUCCGCCUUGCCAAAGUAGUUUUGCAUUGGAUAGUUCUGUUGACGACGAUUAUAUCGGGAAGCAAAGUUUCUGUCGAAUGCGCAAGGCAUUCAGGGGAGUAAUUUUGGGAACGUUAUCGAUAUGAAAAAAGUAAAUUCUUGAAAAAGUCUCCGUUUAAAAAGAGGAAAACCUUGACCACAAAAAAAGGCGACCGCAAAAAAAAAAAAAAAAAAAAAGGCGACCGUCAAUUUAAAAUCUGUUAAGCUAAAAGCACAACUUACAGGAUAAUUCUAAGUCGAAGCUAAAUUAUCUUCAACUAAACACUAAUAGAUGUUGUACAAAUGUACAAAAAUGGCUUCAUUGUCAAUUGUCUCAGUCAAACUAUUCAUGUUCAAAAAUUAAAAAUAAACUCCUCCCAUAUCGAGCGUACUCCAGAAGACCGUGCAGAUGAUUUUGAAAUUACAAUAUACUUUUAAAUCUCUUUUCGUAAAGAACUAAUAACUCGCAGGUUAGUUUGAGUUCAUGUCGUUGAAUCUGAAAAGGCUUUGUUUCUUUGCAGCCAAUUAUGAGAUUCUUGUGGAUAUUGCUUCUACUGACGAUGGUAGAUGGAGAACGAAUCGUAGAAUCUGACAACAAGUAUGUAAUAAGCUACACCUUCCUUUCCUCAAUUCGAUUGCAAGGAUGCAGUAGGGGGGGAUUUAUAUUGAUGGGCCUUUUCAUUUGGCGAAGCUAUGUUAUCAUUUGGAUACUAUAAAAGACCACGUCAAUGAAUAAAUCAAUUCAAGAGUUUAAUUUGUUUGAACGCAAAGAUAUAUGACCCAUUAUACCACGGUUGGGUAUUAGCUGAGACGGAACUAGUAAAACCAUAAAAAAAGUGAUACUUGUUCACUCGCUAUUUGUUCACACAGAAUAUUCUCCUGUCUCCUUGAUUGUCCACCGAGCUUCAAAACUAUUGACAAGAUUGAAUGUAAGUUCCUUUUGAGAAACAACGGUAAACAAGACUAUUCAGUGCUGAAAUGGCGCACACCGCUGGAUGGACUGAGAUCAGAUUGCCUGACAGUAAAUACCAAUGGCAAGAAGCUACGAUACGAUGGUGUCUACAUGAAGCGCUCUGCCCCAGGCCCUGACCAAUACUUGCUCGUCAAACCCGGACAAACAGUGUCGUCCACCUUUGACAUUUCAGAUGCGUACGACAUGACCAAAGCCGGCCUGUACUCUAUGGUAGUGGACACUUAUUUAGAAUAUGUUAUGGGUAGUGUAAUUAAAAAGCCAGUUAUCCAAUCUAACAUAGUUCAUUUGAAAUCUUCUUCUGUAAGUUACGAGAUAGUUGAUGGAAGUUUCAUGAAGCGAACCCUGGGCCAAAGAGCGCGUUCUCUUGAAAGAUCAAACGAAAUUCACGAGGAAAGUCUUACCCGGGAGGGUUUGGACGUUGAAUUUGGUAGGAGAGGAGAAGAAUCUAACGAAAUUAAAUAUUCCAUGCAGGGAGGAUCUAAAGCCUUGAGAGACGAAACAGAAGUGGCAAUUUUGGCUGCUAACACGAAAAUAAAGUCAGCGAUUCAAGAUAUAAAGAAUAAUCCCCAAAGAGCAAAAAUUUGGUUUGGGAAAACCUUUAUGAAAGCAAGAAAGGUAUUCCUAGAUAUGAAAAUGAAAUCGGCGCAGACAGAAAUGAUAUAUAUCUUUGAUGGAAAGCAUUGCAAAAAAAGUGUGUUUGCGUACACUUACCUUGGCUCCCAAGAAAUCUUUCUCUGCAAAGCUUUCAAUGAGGCAGAAACGUUAGUUGGGUUUGAUACCAAAGCGGGAAUAGUAAUACAUGAGCUGAGUCAUGCAUUAAGCUACAGAGACGAUGUAACAUACGGUACGGAUUCUUGUAAAAAACUUGCUAAAAGAAAAGCGAAAAAGGCUCUCAAAAAUGCUGAUAAUUACGAAUAUUAUGUUGAAAGUGCACCAAAUGUAUAG